AUGCUCUGCUGGAGGAUGGCUCUGUGGCUGGCUGGGCUGGCCCUGUGCGGCGAGCUGCCCCGCUGCUCCGGCCUCGACUAUGACUACGCUUACGAGUUCCACGAAGAGGAUAAGGCUGAAGCCAUCGAUUAUAAGGAUCCUUGCAAAGCCGCUGUCUUUUGGGGAGAUAUUGCCUUAGAUGAUGAAGACUUAAAAAUCUUUCAGAUUGACAGGACAAUUGAUCUUACGCAGCAUUCAAAUGAGAGAGAUGGACAUAAUACAGGUGGCUUUGGCGAGCGUGGAAUGUCAAAAAAAAGUGAUGCCCUCUAUCAACUUAUAGACAGGAUAAGAAGAUUUGGCUCAGGUUUUGAACAAACUAAUAUAACUAAGGGAAAAGCAGCUCUAACAUUCUCAGGGAGCUAUGAGAGAAAAAGGUUUCCCAGAGCAGCUACAUCACGCACAGAAAGAAUAUGGCCAGGAGGUGUCAUUCCCUAUGUUAUAGGAGGAAAUUUCACUGGCAGCCAGCGAGCAAUGUUCAAGCAGGCCAUGCGGCACUGGGAAAAAUAUACCUGCGUUACAUUCAUUGAGCGAAGUGAUGAAGAAAGUUACAUUGUGUUUACAUACAGGCCUUGUGGCUGCUGCUCUUAUGUAGGCCGAAGGGGUAAUGGUCCUCAGGCAAUUUCUAUCGGCAAGAACUGUGAUAAAUUCGGAAUUGUUGUUCAUGAGCUGGGUCAUGUGAUCGGAUUUUGGCAUGAACACACAAGACCAGACAGAGAUGAUCAUGUAACCAUCAUCAGAGAGAACAUCCAGCCAGGUCAGGAAUACAACUUUUUGAAGAUGGAGCCUGGAGAAGUGAAUUCUCUGGGGGAGCCCUAUGAUUUUGAUAGCAUUAUGCACUAUGCCAGGAACACCUUCUCAAGGGGCAUGUUUCUGGAUACCAUACUUCCUUCCCGUGAUGAUAAUGGGAUCCGACCAGCUAUUGGUCAGCGCACACGAUUAAGUAAAGGAGAUAUUGCACAAGCAAGAAAGCUGUAUAGAUGUCCAGCAUGUGGUGAAACACUACAAGAGUCUACAGGCAACUUUUCCUCUCCAGGAUUUCCAAAUGGCUAUCCUUCAUAUACACACUGCAUAUGGAGAAUUUCAGUGACGCCGGGAGAGAAGAUUGUUUUAAAUUUCACUACAAUGGACCUCUAUAAGAGCAGCCUCUGCUGGUAUGACUAUAUUGAAGUAAGAGACGGCUACUGGAGAAAAUCACCUCUGCUUGGCAGGUUCUGCGGAGACAAACUCCCAGAAGUCCUCACAUCCAGUGACAGCAGAAUGUGGAUAGAGUUCCGUAGCAGCAGUAACUGGGUAGGAAAAGGAUUUGCAGCCAUUUAUGAAGCAAUUUGUGGAGGUGAAAUACACAAAAAUGAAGGCCAGAUCCAGUCUCCUAAUUAUCCUGAUGACUACAGACCAAUGAAGGAAUGUGUGUGGAAAAUAACAGUGUCAGAGAACUACAAUGUUGGAUUAACCUUUCAGGCAUUUGAGAUUGAGAGACAUGACAACUGUGCCUAUGAUUAUUUAGAAGUCCGAGAUGGAACCAGUGAAAGCAGUCCUUUGAUUGGCCAUUUUUGUGGCUAUGAUAAACCCGAAGACAUAAGAUCUACCUCUAAUACCCUGUGGAUGAAGUUUGUUUCUGAUGGAACAGUCAACAAAGCAGGGUUUGCUGCUAACUUUUUUAAAGAGGAAGAUGAAUGUGCCAAACCUGACAAUGGUGGAUGUGAACAGCGAUGUGUGAAUACACUAGGCAGCUAUCAAUGUGCUUGUGAUCCAGGUUAUGAGCUUGGGCCUGAUAAGAAGAGUUGUGAAGCUGCUUGUGGAGGACUUCUGACAAAGCUGAAUGGGACAAUAACAACACCGGGAUGGCCCAAAGAAUAUCCUCCUAAUAAAAAUUGUGUGUGGCAGGUGGUUGCUCCCACCCAGUAUAGAAUAUCAGUGAAAUUUGAGUUUUUUGAAUUGGAAGGAAAUGAAGUGUGCAAAUAUGAUUAUGUAGAAAUCCGUAGUGGCCUUUCUUCUGAUUCCAAACUGCAUGGCAAAUUUUGUGGUACAGAAGUGCCUGAAGUUAUUACAUCCCAAUACAACAACAUGAGAAUCGAGUUCAGAUCAGAUAACACAGUUUCAAAAAAGGGUUUCAAGGCUCACUUCUUCUCAGAUAAGGAUGAAUGUUCGAAGGACAAUGGUGGUUGCCAGCAUGAAUGCAUUAACACUGUAGGAAGCUAUGUAUGUCAGUGUCGCAACGGAUUUGUGCUUCAUGAAAACCAGCAUGACUGCAAGGAAGCUGAGUGUGAACAGAAGAUUCACAGUCCAAACGGAAUUAUCACAAGCCCUAACUGGCCUGACAAGUACCCAAGUAGGAAGGAAUGCACAUGGGAAAUAAGUGCCACUCCCGGCCACAGAAUUAAAAUAGUGUUUAGUGAGUUUGAAAUCGAACAACAUCAGGAAUGUGCUUAUGACCAUUUGGAAAUAUUUGAUGGAGAAACCGAAAAGUCGCCAAUUCUUGGACGUUUGUGCGGAAAUAAGAUACCAGAUCCUCUUGUUGCCACUGGAAAUAAAAUGUUCCUUCGGUUUGUCUCUGAUGCAUCAGUACAGAGAAAAGGCUUCCAAGCUACACACUCUACAGAGUGUGGUGGUCGUUUGAAAGCAGAAAGCAAGACAAGAGAUCUUUACUCUCAUGCUCAGUUUGGCGAUAACAACUACCCAGUUCAAGCGGACUGUGAAUGGCUAAUAGUAUCAGACCGUGGUUAUCGAAUAGAAUUAACUUUUCAGACGUUUGAGGUGGAAGAAGAGGCAGACUGUGGUUAUGACUACCUAGAACUCUUUGAUGGCCAUGAUACAGCUGCUCUGAGGCUUGGUCGGUUCUGCGGAUCAGGACCACCAGAAGAAAUUUAUUCAGCAGGCGACUCUAUUUUACUCCAUUUUCACACGGAUGACACAAUCAACAAAAAAGGAUUCCAUAUACGAUACAAAAGUAUUAAAUAUCAAGAUAAUGUUCACACCAAAAAAUAGCACAAGAUCCCUUAGACCACAAAAUGAGACAGAGAGCGACUGCUAUGGAGAGAGCGCGGGGUGGAUUUUUUUUUAAUUUACUGACAUUAUUAGUAAACAAAAGUUUUUGCACCAUGAGUUCAAACUGAAGGAAAUCUGAAACAUCUCACUGUUAAAAAGACUCCUAUUCUAGAGGAACAGACAUUAUGGUGAUGACGUGUGGUCUCCAUGUGUGGCUGCCUCUGCAGAGCUAGCGAAGGGGCAUUGCAUGCUUCCAGGGAGACUAUAAGAGCUUUGUUCACAGCUUGACAAGUGUCAUAGUUGCCUGCAUACUCAACUGGUUAGAUUCAGGAGAAGUGGCCCUGCAGACUGUUCUUUCUUUUGGCAAGUGACUAGUGUCCAGAAGAGGGGAAAAUGGCCACCUUCUGCAGGUCAUGCACUCAAAACGAUGCCCAUUGAUCUUUCAUACUCAAAUUGCUUUGGUGGUGCAUCCAGGAUACAAUGCAUACAAAAUUCAGGAAAGGGGAGGGAGCUUUUCUAUGACUAUUCUAUACUCAUAACUCAUCUGUCCCGUCAACAUCCUAAUGCCAUAAAACCUGGAAAACUAUGUCUGCAAAAUCAUUAGAUCUUGGAUUAUAGCAACACAUUGGAAUGUCUGGAGCUUUUUACGUUCAUAAUUAUAAGUACAUCUAGAUUUUGGAUACUGUCAGUGACUGAGAAUACUGAGUUUAUUAUUGCUGAAGGACUCUGUAUCUGCUGACCUCUUACAUUUUAGACUGAGAAGCAUACGAGGCUGGGACUUUUACAAAACUGCUGCAGACCUUUAUCCAAUGAGCAACAGAAGUAAACAGGUCCAAAAUAAUUUGAAACACCAGUUAUGGAUUUCAUUUCAGUAGUAAUGAACUGCUAAUUUACAUUUCCUUGGAAAUGUUUGUGGUUGAACUUGUUAUUUUUUUUACUUUAAACCAAUUAAAAAUGAAAACAACAACAACAACACACAAGUGGUUUUGCAAGCAAUUGAAAAAAAGGGGAAAUUGCUUUCUGGAAAUAAGACUUUUGUGAUGGCAAAGAUAAUUUCUAUGGUGCUAAUCCAUGAACAUAAAAAACACCCAUAACCCAAGAUAUUUUAGACCUUUGAGCCAACAACCUGCAGUUCAUGAAUGUCUCACUAUGCCUGGCUGCAUCUUAAGAAGAACAGACUUUCUAAGCAUGUGAAAAAGAUAAUUGCAACGGCAGCACAAGCCCUGUGGAACAACUACUACUAUUGCCUUAGAAUACUUGCACAUGAUCAUACAGAUCUUCCUGUAGAUAUAUAUCUGAUUUGAUAAAGAACUUGACAAUUUAAUCAUUUUAAAUGUGUGUUCACAAAAGUGAUCCUCGAGUAAAUUCCCAUCUUCAGAGCAAGACCAUCAGUUGUAAAUACAGAGGACUUGCUACCGAUGUAGAAAUAUGUUACUUUUAGAACAAAAUGUUGUAUGUGCUUUAGGCCAUACAUGGCUUUAGUCCCAAUGUAUAUGCAUCAUGUAAGUAUGUAUGAAUGAAUGCUUUAAGAGAGUGAGAAGUGUUGUGUAUGGAUGGACAGGUAAAUUGUACUUCAUGUGCCAAGUUCUACCAGAAUCCGGAUUGACUGUAGCAACUUCCUUUAAAGCUUUCAUAAGCAGGACUUCAAUAAAUAUCCAAGAGCUAAUGAAAUGUUAUGUUUCAUUUAAAAUAAAUAUUUUGAUAUCAUUUGAUGUUGGUUGCUACUCAAGCUUAGUUUUUUGUUUCCUUACCAUGAUCAUACACUGGCAUUAAUAAAUGUUUCUUUUUUAAAAAAAUAAAAUAAAAU